AUGGAAAAAAAAAUUGAUGCUUUAGUUGUUUUUGCCCAUUCAUUGAGGUAUCUCAAAGAUCGAGCUAUCGAAAUUAUCCGCGAAAGAACUGGAGACGAAAAGUAUCAUGAAAAGGACACUCGGUGGGUCAUAACAGUGCCUGCCAUUUGGAGACCCGCUGCUAAGCAAUUUAUAAGAGAAGCCGCAUGCAAGGUAAUUAUAGAGAAGUUACAUAAGUUUGUUUUUCCCUCCUUACGAUGAGUAAAGAGGUGAAAAUGAAACAAGGAAAGGAAAAUACAGGACGAGCUAGAAUAUAGGUCACUCUGAUGUGACCGAUAUUCUAUAUUCUAAAUAUGAUUACGUUAUUAUAAAUGUGAGAAGUUUUAUUUUUUUCUCCUCGGAAGUGUUAACAAAAUGCAAGAAAUUUAAGUUUGAGAUUAAUCAGUGUUGUCUUAACGAAACUUUUUGUCUUCAAUAACUGUCUUUUUUUGCCUCUACUAUGAAAGGCGGAGAUGAUAUCGAAUACUACUCCUGAAUAGCUGCUUAUUGCCUUGGAACCAGAAGCAGCCUCUAUACACUGCAGAGAAAUGAAGAUGAGAGAAUUCGCCAAUGAGAAAGGGGAUGCCACUAUAUCUGAAGUCUUUGCUCGACCUGGGUCAAAAUACAUUGUUAUUGAUAUCGGAGGCAAGACUGAACUUUCAGAAAAAUAGACCGUUUUGACGGUCACACUACAAAAUAUCAACACCUUUUCUUAUUUUUAAUUUGGAAACAGUACAUUCUUCUCUAACUCAUUUAAAAAAUUUCCAUCUGUUUGUAAAGACGCAGGGUUUUUUAGCAAUAUGUGAUAAAUUUGUAAUGGUAAUUGAACUGAGUAGAGAGGUGGGACAUCGUCGUAACUCAUUUGUUACUGACCAAAGCAAAAAGGCUAAUAGCUUGUGGUGAUAACCUUCUUUCUCAAACGGAGUCAAAUGAAAACGACGCUGAAAUUUUACGUAUAUUUGAAAUAUUCGUCGGCUAAGAACGGAUCAGUUUAUAGUCAAUAAUCUGAAAGGCUGACGAAUUCGCGGGUAGGUAACAAUGUUAAUGACGCUAGGUCUUUCCUAUAAAAAAUAGAAAGAAGCACGAAGCCAAGGACAGCUGUUUUAGCUUUAGUAGGCUUCAUCAACAUCAAGCAUUAUCAGCUCAAAUGUACUAAAUGUGAUCGAUCGAGCUCGUAAUGCGUUUUAUGUUUGACUCGUGCAAUAUAUAUUAAUGUAGGACUGAAGCUGUAAAUUAACCGGUGUUACAUCUGUUCUUCUUUAACAAAGGCGGGACUCUCGACGUCACAGCUCAUGAAAUCUCAACAAACGGGAACAUCAAAGAAAUCCAUCAGGUGACCGGAGGACCUUAUGGUGGAACUAAUGUUGACGAGGAGUUCGUGUCUCUUCUUGAGAGGUUUUUCGGAACUUAUCAAGUGAAAAGCUUCCGUGAAAACCACCCAGCAGAAUGGCUGGAGAUGAUGAAUGAAUUUGAGAUGAAGAAGCGAGGGCGCCGAGCUUACGAGGGUGAAACAACCAGAAUUCGCCUUCCUCGUACCUUUACAGCACUGGUUUAAGAGCAAGGUUGGCCUGAUCUGGCAAGACGAUUUGCAAGUUCUUGUAGAACUGACGAUGUCCAAUUCGUCAGAAAUGAAUACUUCUAUAUAGGACCGGCGGCCAUAAUAAAAUUGUUUGAACCGGUUCUGAAUGGAAUAGUGAAGCACUCGAACAACCUUCUUAAGCAUCGUGAACUCUGUGGGCUUCAAUUUUUCUUCCUUGUUGGAGGUUUCGCCGAGUCAGCGAUACUUCAGGAUGCAAUAAAGAAGAACUUUGACCGGAGGUAAGGCAAAUUUGACGGAAACGUUUAAACGGGUUGGAGUUUUGGACAGGAGAAUCUUAACCUAGGUCGGGUUAUCCUGACCAAACGCAAUCAGAUGUGAUUCGACGUCGGAAGUCUUUCAGUACGAAGGGUCGUAGUCAAAGUACUAAGUUGCAAGCUAUCCUAAAAUUUAUCAAAUCAAAAUGAUAGUUUUGUAACCAAAAGAGAUAAUUUGCAUGGCUAAAAUGCAAGUGACUGCUCAUGUAAAACAUGACAUGUAAAAAUACUUUCAUCUUUGAUAUUUUUCUCUAUUCGCAGAAGCCGAAUUUUAGUUCCAAACAACGCUAGCAUUGCAGUUGUUCAAGGUGCGGUGAUGUUUGGCCAAACACCUGACAUUGUCGACUCCAGAAUCAUGUCUACGACUUACGGCUUCAAGAUUAACCGCCCGUUUGAUCCCAGUCUUCACCCAAUUGACAAGCAACACUUCUUUGACGGCGUAGCCUAUUGUAAAGAUUGCUUUGAGGUUCUUGUUAAAGAGAAUGGUAUUGUGAGGACAGGUGAAAAGAGAGUCUUCCCUAAUUACAGGCCAGUAAAGCGAAGUCAAACAGCAGUUGAGUUCAGUUUUUUAACCUCGACCGAUCCUGACGCCAAAUAUUCAACAGACGCUUCAGUUAGCAACUCCAUAAGAGAGGCUGUCGUCGAAUCACCUGAUGUUACGAAAGGAACCAAUCGAAUGAUUGACUUGGCUAUAGAGUUUGGUGGAACUGAGAUUAAAGCUACUGCGAUAGACAAAAGCAGUGGGAACACUGCCACAGUUUAUCUCGACUUCCUGUUUAGUAAGGAUUAA